AUGGAACACCUCCUUAUCGCUGUAUACAUGCUCUACGACGGUUUUGGUGGAAUACUUCGAAAGCUCUACCGUGACACAGUCGACCUGCUUUGGGUGCCAUUCAACAGCGACUCACGCGAGACCGCCCGUCGGCGCGCCGCGGCGGAUUUCGACCCUAAGUCAGUGCAGGAUGUCUCUGUUCUUGACAAGCUGUCUGUAUGCUGCAUCUUCAAGGCUGAUCACGAUCUCAAUAUAGAAUCAGAUGCUGGCGUGCGUGAUCUUCUUGACCACGUGAAGGCCCAAACAUCCUUGCCCGAGGACUGGUUUCCCGUCCCCACAAACAGCAGUAUCCUUUUCGCUUUAUUCGCCGAUGUGAGCGGCUUCCGAUAUGAGGACCAUGAAAAAACCGACAUAUCUGCUUUCUACGAAGAAAACACAAAAUUCGACUAUGAUUUUGUUGUCCUCCCCCACGCACACUGGCCCGACAGCUCGCCUGUCAAGCCUCUCGAAUCCGUCCGGCUCCUCAGUGGUACCACCACUUUCAACCCUCCCUAUCACUGUGGAAUUUCCUAUACUGGCAAGAAGCUGCUUCAACUCUUUCCUGACGGACGGCUCGACAAAUCCGUCUUCGCUGGGCUCGAUCGCCAAGUGGUCACGCGUAUGAUAGAGAUUUUGUCUAUAUACAUAGCAUGGAUCACGGCGAGCCCACAACCUCAGUAUCUGGCGUCCCUAUACUGUCCCGGCCAAGGCAGCAACAACGAUAGGAACGGUGUUGUCUCCAGCGGUGGUGCAGGUUGUUCGAUGCUAUGUCCACGGGAGAAGCCGCUCAGCCCACGGUGUCUGUCGUAG